UUCCACCUGUGCUAAUGGGACCACCUGGACCACCUGGACCAUGUGGACCACCUGGACCACAUGGACCACCUGGACGUCCUGGAAAAAAUGGACAAAAAGGCGAAAAGGGUGCAACUGGACCUAAAGGAUCACAGGGAUCACCUGGAGAACAGGGUCCAGAAGGGGAAAAGGGUCUAAGGGGCCCUCGGGGGCCAAGGGGUCGAAACGGAAAAAAGGGGCGUCGCGGACCAGAAGGUGAAGAGGGACCACAAGGGCCAAAGGGUGAAAUGGGACCUGAGGGACCACCUGGACCUGAAGGGCCGUGGGGUCCAAUUGGACCUGAAGGACCUUGUGGACCACAUGGACCUAAAGGUCAACCUGGACAAAAAGGUGACAAUGGACAAAAAGGACAACCUGGACCUCAAGGACCAAUGGGACCUCCAGGACCACAGAAUUUGAAAGGUGAAAAGGGAGCAAAAGGAUCACCAGGAUCGAGUGGACCACCUGGACCACCUGGACCUCCAGGACCACAGGGAUCAAAAGGUGACAUGGGACCAAAAGGAUCACCAGGAUCAAAUGGACCACCUGGACCACCUGGACCUCCAGGACCACAGGGAUCAAAAGGUUACAUGGGACCACAAGGGCCAAAGGGUCAAAUGGGACCUCCAGGACCACAGGGAUCAAAAGGUUACAUGGGACCCCCUGGACCUCAAGGACCACCUGGACCACCUGGAAGUCAGGGACCAAAGGGUGAAAAAGGACAUAAAGGUGAAAAAGGUGAAAAGGGAUCAAAGGGAGAAAAUGGUGAACCCGGAACACAAGGACCUCCUGGACCAUUGGGACCUCCAGGACCAAAAGGCUUAAAAGGUCAACAGGGUUAUCCAGGACCAAAAGGUACGCCUGGAAUACAGGGACCCCCUGGACCAUGUGGACCUCCAGGUCCUUCUGGAUCAAAAGGUGCAAAGGGGGAAAGAGGACCAAGUGGACCUCCAGGACCAACUGGAAAUAAGGGAUCACCUGGAAUGAAAGGUGAUAUUGGACCGCAAGGACCAUGUGGACCGCCUGGACCAUCUGGACCUCCUGGACCAGCUGGAAAUCAGGGGCCAAAAGGUUAUAAGGGCGAUCAGGGCAACAGGGGACCACCGGGGCCCAAAGGUAGCACUGGACCACCUGGACCAAAGGGUUGCAAGGGAAAUAAGGGAGACAAGGGAGAAAAGGGCGAAAAGGGUAAACGGGGUAGAAAGGGAGAGAAGGGUGAGAAGGGGGAAAUGGGUCCACCAGGUCCACCAUGUUCACCAUUACCUUCACUUCUACGAACUCGACGUGGAGUAACUGGACCAAUUGGAAUGCCAGGACCAAUUGGACCUCCUGGAGCAACUGGACAUCAAGGACCUCGGGGCUUAAAUGGGGAAAUUGGACCACAGGGGCCACCUGGUGAGCCUGGAUCCCAUGGACAACAAGGUCCAGCUGGAUCCCCUGGAACACCCGGAAUCUGUAAAACAGACUCGGAUAUCAGCGUUUUGCUGAACAGUGUAAUCAAGAUAAAGCAGCGCAUACUAGCUAAUACCUUCCAGUUCCUCUGGAACGUUGGUCAGAAAUUCUAUGUGUCCAACAAGGACAGCGGUUCUUUUGAGACAGCCGUGGAGUUCUGCUCCCAGCAAGGCCUGGAGCUGGCUCUGCCCCAGAAUGAGGACGAGAACAGCAAACUGAUGGAGGUGUUUGGGGACGCCUUCAAAGACGUCUGGAUCAGUGUCAACAACAAAACGGCAGAAGGGAAAUUCCAUGUUGACAUGAACAAUCAACGUCUGACCUUUACCAAAUGGGAAAAGGGACAGCCAGGUGACUCCAUCCAGCACACAGGCUGCACUGUGAUGACUGGAAACGGCCUCUGGAGGGUGAUGCAUGACUGCUUUAGUGAUGCAUUCAUUGUUUGUCAGCUAUAGGAGAAACAACGUCUUAACUGUUGUGUCACUUCUUAAAAAGUAAUAUAUUUGAUCUAAGUUUUAAAGUUUUUUUCUACAAUCUAUUUUGUCAUCUGUAAAAAACAAGCGGUUCUGAUCUUCGUCUUUAUUUAAAAUAAGGUUAUAUCUGUCUGAAGUGUUUGCCACUUAAUUCUACUAAAUAUAAAUCAUUAAAAGAAAAAAAUAUUUAUUUUAAGAAUGGAAAGUCUGUAACAUCCAAGUGAUGUUUGUUAAAUAUCAGCUUUUAGUCUUUAAUACCACUGUCUUCUUUCUUCAUGAAAAUGUGCAUUAAAUGGUUUAAAAGCUGUUGAAUUCAGAAAAUAAACACAUAAAACCUACUUUUUCCUUUCUGUGUUUUCACAUUUGUGCUUUUGAUAAUGUCAAUUUAGUA